AUGCGUAUAAACGCUCAGUAUACUCAAUUUACUCGACCUUGUGUGUCGGCAGUUGAUUAUAAUAUGGAAUACAUUUGCCAGUCCGUUACCGACGCUUUCGAGUGUGUUUGGCCAACCGGGGAACGCAUGGCAACUGAACGUGCGGAAAAUAAAACAGGGGGUGAUUGGGUUCUUCUGAAUCAAGAUGGAGAUGUAAUUUCGAGUACAGGUGAGGAAUGCUUUCACUUUCUUUUUUUUGAAGCGUUUUUUUACAAAAACUCUUCAAAGGUUUUCGAUUUCUCCCUGUUAUUUGAUCCCUUUUAGCAGUACCUGCUCCGAAUGUUCAUUAUGAAGACGAGGACAAGAUAGAGCACAUGUACGGGCAAAUACCAAUGGACUCUUUGGAGUAUGCAACUCAUGCUGUUUGUGCCUUUAGUAUUUGCCUAUUUCUUCCUUUUUCGCUAUUCCUCUUUGAUAACUUUUUUCGACGAAUUUGA